AAGCAAAAAAAGAAGAGGAUGAACCCAACGCGCGAGUGUGUGUGAGGCUUGGUUCACACCUACAGCUUGGGGCUCCAGUGCAUCUCACUUCGGGUCCUCGGCCCACCCUGCAGGAUUCGACUCAUCUCAGCUUCUCCUCUUCCUCGUCGGCGCAUGGCGGCGCCGCCGCCACCACCACCGCCGCCGAUAGACGCGCCUCUGCGGCUGCCGCCUCUCCCGGCGGACACCAUCUUGGAGAUCUUGUCCUGCGUGGGUGACGCUGCCGCCGUCGUCCGCUGCGCAGCCACCUGCAAAGCAUGGCGCCGCCUCAUCCUGGAGCCGUCCUUCCUCUCCCGCGGUCGCACCGGGCGCUCCGACCCCUCCCCUCUCCUCGGGUUCUUCUUCCAGGACACCUCCCAGAAGCUGCCCCGUCGCCGCCUCUACCUCCGCCGCCCCACGCGCUUCCUCCCCCUCGGCCCCUCUCAGUCGCAGGCAACCGUCCUCCCCCUAUCCCACUUCUUGCCGAAGCCGGACGCCGCCGGCCUCAGCGGGUUCGCCCCUUUCACGUCAGGCGCCGGCGGGCUCCUUAUACUCCGCCGUUCCCCGGCCAGCUCGUGCGACCCCGUCAGGAUCUGCGUCUGCGACCCCGUGGCCGGGACCUCCACCUUCCUCCCCCCUCUCCCGCCCACAACACUCCCUGAGAACAUCGUCAUCCUCGACGCCGAUGGCUCCUCGUUCCGCCUGCUUGCGGUGAUGGAGCGCCUAUUGGGGAUCCGCCUGCGCGUCUUCUCCUCCCAGACCAGGCAGUGGGGCACGGCCAUGACGGCCCAACUUCCUUAUAGCACGGUGGUCCACCUCUGCUCCCCUGCCGUCGUCCACCGUGGCGCCGUCCACUGGAUAUGCGGCACCCGCGCCCUCCCGAAUGCGGUGCAUGCACUGGCCGUCCGCCCCGGCCAGCCCGAGGUGUCGGUGUGCCGAUUCGACCUCCCGCUGCGUGCAGGCAUUCACCGCCUGAACCACGCCGCCGGAGCCGUUCGCCUGUGCAGUUCAGCUCAGGGUUGUCUCUCCUUGGUUCUUCUGGAUGAUCGUGUGAUCUCCAUUUGGAACUUCAAAGACAAUAGGGCCGAUGGCAGGCCCUGGGAGCUUCACAAGACGGUACAUCUGACGUCGGUGUUGCCGUCGACAAUCUUUGAUCCUUCUGCGGAGUGGGGGCUCUCUGUCGUAGCAUCGUGCGACCAGAGUGGCUCCUUGUUCUUGCGUGCAGUGGGCGAGGGCGGCCUUUUUGUGCUCAAUCUGGAGACAGAGGCGAUUUUGAGAGUACGCAAUGACCACUGCGCCAAGUUCCUGUGCCCAUAUGUGGCGAAUCUGAGCUCUUGUCUAGGAGCCAUGAAGAAUUUCUGAUGUUGGACUCAAAAUUCAGCUCUUCGGGUGUGUUGUUCAUUUAUCGGCCGGCACCCUUCUCCUGGAGACGACCCGUUAAUCUGGCGGGUCGCGUGUUCUAGUCGGUUUUUUCCUUUCGAAUUUUCUUUGUCUCCUCUCGGUCCGCUUCAUUCCCCAUUUGGAGCAGCGAGAGGUUGGAGGCAGAGAGCCAUGGCGGCUGGAGAUCUCAGUCACUGAUCUCUCGAGGGAGAACCGGUGGUGCCUGAUCUGCGAGCUCUGUGUCCCCCUCCUCAUCCUCCAUCCACCUACUUUUUCUGUUCAAUUUUUGCUAGAUCUAGCGAAAUCCUAGAUGAUUCCCCUAUGCAGCGGUGGAUCCUAGAUGUUUUGGAUGUUGCAGGUGUACGGUUGGAUGUAUUUGUAGUGGUGGAUUCCUCCUGUCUUUUGUUGAUUUUGUGCUUCUAGAUGCGCUUUAGUUGUCACUGUGACGAGUAGCUCCUAGAUCUGCCUGUAGGUGUCGUUGUGGAUCCCUACUGUUUUGGAUGUAGUUGCCGAAUUCCUAGAUGUGUUCAAUCCUCCCUAUGGAUCCCUCCUGUAGUUUUUGCUGUGGAUCGCUCCUGUUUGGUUGUAAGACAGGGGCGGAAGCAAUGGGCUCAAAUGACCCCGAUGGAUUUAUGUCAAACAAGUACUAAUUCAUGGUAAUCAAAGUGUAUUUAGGGCUGAAUACAUGCACUAUAUGAAGAUGACCCCCUUGACAAA